AUGCUGAAAAGUAGACUCUCCUGUGCAGACGUGGUAGCCAGAGCCACAGCUAACCAGCAUACGAAAGAGUGCGAAAAUCUCACCAUUGAAUGCUCUAGCGCAAGCCGACACAGACCCUGCACUCAAUCCACGGGGGCGCCGUCGGCAUUACGUUUUGCCUGUCUUCCACAGUCUGUGGGUUUCUUAGUGCCGAAGAGCCACAGGGCAAUGAGUACUUUGGAGGCUCAGACGAGCGGGGCAGCCCCUUCGCCGGCUGGUGCCUCACUGCCUACUGAAGCAAGUGCGAGCUCCAACCAGCAAGGAGCAGCAACUGCAGCACCAAGAAAAGCAGCACAACCCCCUCAGAAUGAAUCCCUCCCUGCUUCAGCUUCCUCUACGUCUACUUCUUCUGUAUCCUCAUCUGGAGGCAGCGGGUCUAUUGCACGCAAAAGGCUAGCGCAAGAGAGGUCUGCAUGGCGCAGGGAUCAUCCCGCAGGUUUCUCUGCCAAAUAUGCGCCCAUGUCAGAUGGAUCUGUUGGUCAGGAUAUUAUGAAGUGGGUCUGCAAAGUUCCUGGGAAGAAGGGCAGUCUGUGGGAAGGUGGUGAAUACUCUUUAACAAUGGAGUUUUCAGAGGAGUAUCCUAGCAAACCACCGAAGUGCAAGUUCGCCCCCGUCUUAUUUCAUCCGAAUGUAUACCCUUCAGGGACUGUCUGUUUGUCUAUCCUCAACGAGGACGAGGACUGGAAGCCCUCAAUCACCAUCAAGCAGAUCCUGCUUGGAAUACAGGAUUUGCUAGAUAAUCCAAACCCGCAAUCACCUGCGCAAGCAGAGCCAUAUAUGCUCUACUGUCAGAAUCGGGAUGAGUACAAUAGGAGGGUCAAGAAUCAGGCAAUACAGAUGCGGCCCAAGGACUAA